GUCUUGUCCUGUGUCCUACAUAACCGAGGGCCGUUGAAAACCGUUUGGGCUUCUGCUUUUGCCGCAACCAUCAACAUUGAAAGUCUGCUUUUGGACAUUUUAGCACACCUGACAUUGGCUCUGUGGUCGUUUUUCCCAAGGAGAUGAGGAUGACAUGAAUCAUGCCGCUGAAGUUUUAGAUUCUUCAUGGUCUGCUUGGGAGGGAGCUGGACCUUUUCUUCUUCUUCCAAAUCCCAUUCAUUCAGCUUUAAUUCCCCAUAGUCUGUAUCAUCACUGCUUUGGAGGAACAUGCAUUGUGCAAGAAGGAAACGACUGCAGCUGCGCCGGGUCUUGUUUCUCCUUUCCGGGGUUUUUCUCUGUACCCUGUACCAGCUGACCAUCCGUACCACACUGUACGAGCCUUUGCCGUUGUCUCAAAUUGGAGGCGAUUUUAGAGAAGGUUCAACUGAGGGUAUUGAAGAUCCCACAGAUCAAACAACGUCAGAGAUACAGGUGACGCAUCGCUCCGAUACAACCCCAGAUUUGAAAGCUACGAGCCCGACGGAAUCCCCUCCACCACGGAGUACUAAGCGGACCAUUGUGCAUUGCAUCUAUGUGGCCCCCGAGCCUCCACAGCAGACACCAGCUCCAGCUCCAGCUCCUCCCGUGGCCACCGUCGCUCCAGCUUCUCCUGGUGAAGCUCCCCAUAUAAAGGGUGAAUACCCGGAAGAUAUUUUUUCUAUCGACGACCGUAGACGAGGUUGGGUGAUUCUCCACAUCUUUGGGAUGUUGUACAUGUUCAUUUCACUGGCAAUUGUGUGCGAUGAGUUUUUCGUUCCUGCACUGGGGGUAAUCACAGACAAGUUAGCCAUCUCUGACGAUGUAGCAGGAGCCACCUUCAUGGCCGCCGGAGGUUCUGCCCCUGAGCUUUUCACAUCCUUAAUUGGAGUCUUCAUCGCCCACAGCAAUGUGGGCAUUGGCACAAUCGUUGGUUCGGCAGUGUUCAACAUUUUGUUUGUGAUUGGAAUGUGUGCUCUGUUUUCCCGGGAGGUUCUUCAUCUCACCUGGUGGCCACUUUUCAGAGACGUAUCCUUCUACAUAGUUGGCCUCAUCUUACUCAUCAUCUUCUUUUUGGACAAUGUCAUAAUGUGGUGGGAGAGCACGAUGCUCGUGGCUUGUUACACUCUCUAUGUGAUUUUUAUGAAGUUCAAUGUGCAACUAGAGGAGCUUUUCAAGUCCCUACUCCUCAAAAACAAGAACAUUGUCAGAAUUAUUGCUAUGGAAGAGCCUGAAAAGACGAAUGUGGAUGCUGAAGAUAAAGCCCAACCUGCUCCAGAGGACAAGAAUCUGUUAAAGUUGAAGCCCUCUCUUCAGCGAGGGGGAAGCUCAACGUCUUUACACAACAGCACCAUGAGAAACACCAUCUUCCAACUCAUGAUUCACACACUGGACCCUUUGGGAGAGGGGAAAUUCGUGGAUAAGGCUGAGACUCUGAAAGAUGCUGUUAGACGGACGGCUGAGAGAAAAACUCAAGACAAAGGUGAAGACGGUGGAGGUAAAACUGAGCCAGUCAAAGAGCCACCGGCUGCCCCCGCCCCCGAGACACAGAAGACGGAGCAACUUGAGGACAAGAAGGAGGACGUGCCAGUGGGAGACGAUGGUUUCGGGGGCUCCAGCAGCGCUGAAGGUAGCGACGAAGACAGCGAUGAGGACAGCGCAGAAGACAGCGAUGAGUCCAGCGAAGAAGAUGAGGAUGAUGAAGAUGAGAGCGAGAAGGAGGACCAACCUCUGUCUCUAGAGUGGCCUGACACACAACGUAAACAAGCCACCUACCUCUUCCUGCUCCCAAUAAUCUUCCCUCUGUGGCUCACAGUUCCAGAUGUUCGCAACCAGAAAUCCAGAAAAUUCUUUGCCUUCACCUUCCUGGGCUCUAUUCUGUGGAUUGCGCUUUUCUCCUACCUCAUGAUGUGGUGGGCCCAUCAGGUGGGUGAGACCAUCGGCAUCUCGGAGGAGAUCAUGGGCCUAACUAUCCUCGCUGCAGGGACGUCCAUCCCGGACCUCAUUACCAGCGUGAUAGUGGCGCGUAAAGGCCUGGGGGACAUGGCUGUGUCCAGCUCUGUGGGCAGUAACAUCUUCGACAUCACAGUGGGCCUUCCGGUGCCCUGGCUCCUGUUCUCAUCCUUCAAUGAUUUUGCUCCAGUGCCUGUCAGCAGCAACGGGCUCUUCUGCGCUAUUGUGCUGCUCUUCAUCAUGCUCCUCUUUGUCAUCAUCUCCAUUGCAGUCUGUAAGUGGAAGAUGAAUAAGCUGCUGGGCUUCUCUAUGUUCCUGCUCUACUUUAUCUUCCUGUUGCUUAGCGUGAUGCUGGAGGAUCGCAUCAUUAUCUGCCCUAUUUCAAUCUGAAGGGGCGGGAUGUUAAGUCUGUUCUAUGUCAAUUGUACCAAUCUCAAGUCCCUGAGUUUGGACAUCAGUUGAAUCUUUAGACGUUACUGUAGUUGAAACAUCUGUGCAGAAUAACUGCUUUUUGACAAUCAUCCUAGUGACCCCGAGCUUGCUUGAGUUCACACUUUGGAGAAAAAAAACUUGACAUCCGUAGCAUAAACGUGUUUAUUCAUAAAUGAAAGCAAACAAUAGAUUUUUUCUUUUUUUUUAUAUAUAAAACUCAUACAAAUGAUUAGUAUCUGUGUUACAAAUGAUAAAUAAUACUCAUUGUUAAACAUUGUUUAAAUUGACAAAUUGUGUAAACAACAUGUACAUAUCAAAUGAUGUCUUGGUCUUCGGUGAUUGAAUUUCUUUUUUUUUUUAUCACAAACUUACAAGGUGAUUCAAUUGCAAACAUACACAUUGUAAAGUUGGUUAUUCCAAGUGCAGAUCCCCGUCAAAUCCACCAUCAUAUCAUCGAAAAUUAGUGAGCAAGUCCAGUAAAUAAGCUGUGGUGCAACAUUACAGUACAACUAACAGAUCAUGGGCAGGUUUCUGUCAGUUAAAAGUGAAAGACGAUAUUAACAAGGUGAAACAUUUUUGGAAAGGAUUCUGAAUUAGUGCAGGUCAGAGCUAUUGUUCCCCCCCAUUUGACAUGAAUGUAUUUUCUUUUUUUGCUCUGGAUGUCACAUUAAACAUUGCAGUGUUGACGAAUAGUGUAAACAUCUACGGCAUACAGUGAAGACUGAAAGAAAAUAUAAAAAUACUAGCAUACUCUGUACAUGUUUAUAGAUCAUUACUGUUCUUUAUCAAAUAAAUGUGUUGAUUAAACAGAAAACAUUUUCCUGUGUCCAACACAAUCUAUUUGAUUGAUUUUGCUGUUUUGAAAUAAACUUAUGCUCAGUGGUCCCAUAUAACACUUACAUCUUAAAAAAUAAAGGUAUUGCUUAAAGAACUGUCAAUUAGUCAUAGAGGUACACCUCCCUUUGGGUUAUUUUGGUUCAUUGUACAAAAAAGGAUAAAUGAAUAAACUAAACAUUCUGCAUGUCCUCUAGUGAAGAUCCUCCUGCUUGAUUCAGAAAUAAUAGAAUGUUUAAUAAUUAAACUAAACUCAACUAGUUACCAUCUUAGUGUAAUCCGGUAUAGGAGCAUGGCCCUGCUGUAUGCACAGGGUGCAGAUGAGGAGGAACUUCUUUGCUGUAUUAAUUGCGUGUAAUGUAAAAUAAUAAACAGUGCAGUAAGUUCUGUAGUUGCCAAAUAAAAAGUCACUUAAUCGUGGGCAGCUGGGCCGGGCCGUUACCUAAUGUCAAUGAAAGGCAAGAACUUGUCUCGUCAAAAUACUUUAUAAAAGCACAAAUGUUUAAAAGGUCACCAGGACCACAUGGGAACAGGAUGAAGACACACUAACUUUUGCAUACUCACAACUCCAACAGAAACAAAGUCUUAAAAUAGAAUGUAUAACAACUGUACAAACAUUUUACUUCAGUCAUACUAAAUAUUUGCAACCACUAGGAUGUCGCUCCAUGCCUUUCAGCACUAACAGUAUACAAGAAACGUAUGGCAGUUACUUUACAUUAAUUGUCAUGUUCCCUUUGUGCUUAAGAGCUCUGUGCUGGCCCUGAGUCUGACGAACAGUCCAAAAAAACCUGGCAACAGUGGCCAUAGAUUUAAAAAAAAAAAAA